AUGGCGAGUUUGGAAGAUCUGAUCCCUAUAGUUAAUAAAUUACAAGAUGUUAUGUAUGAUGCUGGGAUCGAUACUUUAGAUCUACCUAUUUUAGCAGUUGUUGGUUCUCAAUCUUCUGGUAAAUCCUCCAUUUUGGAAACUUUGGUGGGUAAAGACUUUUUACCAAGGGGAACAGGUAUCGUUACUAGAAGACCUUUGGUCCUUCAACUAAAUAACAUUAGUGAAGAUUCGCCACUUAUUUAUGAAUACGAUGAGCAAGUUUCAUCUAACAAUGAUGAUAAUGAUGAUGAUAAUGAUUCAAAUGACCAAAACGAAGAAAGGGAAAUUACUUUAGAGGAGCAUUUGAGAAAGAAUAUUUCUACUUACAAGCCUGAAGUAAAAAACGAAUGGGGUGAGUUUUUGCAUAUUCCAGGGAAACGAUUUUACAAGUUUGAUGAUAUCAGAAAGGAAAUUGAAAGAGAAACCUCCAGGAUUGCUGGUAAAAAUAAGGGUAUUAGUAGAAUUCCUAUCAAUCUAAAAGUUUUUUCGCCACAUGUUUUGAACUUAACUUUGGUUGAUCUACCAGGCAUCACAAAGGUUCCCAUUGGCGAACAACCUCCAGACAUUGAAAGACAAAUCAAGAACUUAAUUCUGGAAUAUAUAGCCAAACCAAAUUGCAUAGUCUUGGCAGUUUCGCCUGCCAAUGUGGACUUGGUUAACUCCGAGUCGUUGAAAUUGGCGAGAGACGUUGAUCCUUUGGGGAAGAGAACAAUUGGUAUUGUUACAAAGUUAGAUUUGAUGGAUCCUGGCACUAAUGCAUUGGAUAUUCUAUCUGGUAAAGUUUAUCCGUUAAAGCUGGGAUUUGUUGGUGUUGUGAAUCGUUCUCAACAGGAUAUUCAGCUAAAUAAAAGUGUUGGAGAAUCUUUAAAAAGUGAACAAGAAUUUUUUGAUAGGCAUCCUGUAUAUAGAGCUAUUUCCAAUAGAUGUGGCACUCGUUAUUUGGCAAAACUUUUAAACCAAAUUUUGAUAAACCACAUUAGGGAAAAAUUGCCAGACAUCAAGGCCAGAUUGAACACUUUGAUUAGUCAAACUGAACAAGAAUUGGAGAUGUUUGGUGGUGUUGAUAUUAUUACGAGGGAAAAUCGAGCUAGUUUAGUUUUACAAUUGAUGAACAAAUUUGCCAAAAACUUUAUUGCAUCCAUUGAGGGUACAUCUUCUGAAAUCAGCACCAAAGAAUUGUGUGGUGGUGCAAGAAUCUAUUACAUUUAUAACAAUAUUUUUAGAAAAUCAUUAAACUCCAUUGAUCCUACUUCGAGUUUAUCCAUCAGAGAGAUCAGAACAGCUAUUAGAAAUUCUACCGGUCCCAGACCCUCUUUGUUUGUUCCGGAAUUAGCAUUUGAUUUACUGGUCAAGCCUCAAAUCACGCUGUUAUUAGACCCAUCACAAGUUUGUGUUGAACUAGUUUAUGAAGAAUUGACGAAGAUUUGCCACAGCUGUGGUUCCCCAGAACUAACUAGAUACCCCAAAUUGCAGGUUCGUCUGGUGGAGGUUGUUAGUGAAUUAUUACGAGAGAGGUUAGGACCUACUCGUUCGUAUGUAGAAAGUUUGAUUGACAUCCAUCGUGCCUAUAUCAACACUAAUCAUCCAAAUUUCAUUAGUGCUACAGUUGCGAUGUCUCAAAUAGUUGAAGACCGAAAAAAACAAAGACAGGCUGCUGAAAGGAAAAUUAAAGAUGAAGAUAGAAAGAGAACACAAACAGAAUCAUCUAAAAACCCUACUGGUGAACGCAGUGACAGCAUUGACAAUAAUUCCAAUGCCAGUGAUUUAGAUGAUGCGUCGGAUCCUCCACAAUUGCCCACUGCUGAUGACCAAAAGCCACCAAAGGACUCGUUUUUGAACUACUUUUUUGGCAAAGACCAACAAAAAUCGCAAACCAAUUCUAACCUGUCCAGAACAACUUUAACUGGAUACGAAGAUUAUAAUAGAAAUAGCACUUUUGGUAUGGAAAGCUUGGAUUUGAGCCUAAGAAAGGAUGAUGAUGACGGAGAAUAUCAGUUAACCGAGAGAGAGGAGUUGGAAUGUGAAUUGAUUAGAAGAUUGAUUGUUUCCUAUUUUGGCAUUAUUAGAGAAAUGAUUGAAGACCAAAUUCCAAAGGCUAUUAUGUGUUUAUUAGUUAAUUAUUCGAAGGAAAUUGUUCAAAACAGAUUAGUUACCAAAUUGUAUAAAGAUGAGUAUUUUGAUGAACUGUUGAUGGAAGAUCAAACAUUGGCUCAAGAAAGAGAAAGAUAUAUUGCUUUAUUAAAAACUUACAAGGAAGCUGCUAAUAUUAUUAGUGAUAUUUGA